CGGGCCUAACACUUUAUUUCUUCCUUUAUUUUCUCCCGGCCUUUUUCCCGCAUAACCCAAGAAAUCGCGCUGCAUCGCCAUCCAUCUUCUCCGUUCGUCGUUGCAUUAAUUUUCCAUCGCCGACGCCGUCCAUCUUUUCGGAGGAAGUCAGGACAAUCACUAUCCAAAGGCUAAGAUUUCUAUAUCGGUGUUGAAAGAGUUGUAUAUUCUAUAUAGUGCCCUCAGCCAUUCUUUCGAUGCUCAGGCUUCUAAUUGGAGGUAGAUUUCUGCCAAAUCACAAAAGCAACUACUUUCCAAACAUUCUUUCUUCUGGGCGAUUUCUUCAUACCCAAACUUCAUCAGAUGACAGCUGGACCAAUAACAAUAAUAGAGAGCUUAAUAUCGACCUUCUAUUUCACUCAUGCACAAAAACCCACCUUGCAAAACGCCUUCACGCAUUACUUAUCGUAUUGGGAAAAGUCCAAAGUCUCUUCAUUUCCACAAGACUUGUCAAUCUUUACGCCAAUCUUGGUAACAUCUCUUUAUCUCAACAAACUUUUGAUCAAAUCCCACAAAAAGAUGUUUACACUUGGAACUCCAUGAUAUCUGCAUAUGUUCACAAUGGUGCGCAUACUGAUGCUAUCACUUGUUUAUACAAAAUGUUGACUUUUGAAGUCAAACCUGAUUUUUACACAUUCCCCCCUGUGAUAAAAGCAUGUCGUGAUAUAAAUAAUGGAAAAAGGAUUCACGCAUGGAUAUCAAAAACAGGGUUGGAAUGGGAUGUCUUUGUAGCUGCUUCUUUGGUUCAUAUGUAUUGUCGUUUUGGUAUCUUUGAUGCUGCUUAUGGGAUAUUCACAAAUAUGCCCUUUCGAGACAUGGGUUGUUGGAAUGCGAUAAUUUCAGGGUUUUGUCAAAAUGGAAAAGGCAAAAAGGCGUUAGAAAUCUUGGAUGAGAUGAAAUUUGAAGGGAUUAAAUUGGAUUCUGUUACAGUUUCAACUGUUCUUCCCAUUUGUGCACAAAUGGAUGAUAUGUCACAAGGAAGAUUAAUCCAUUUGUAUGUCAUAAAACACGGACUCGAAUCCGAUCUUUUUGUUGGAAACGCGUUUAUAAAUUUCUACGCGAAAUUCGGUGAACUUGAAAAUUCUCAAAAGUUUUUCGAUAAUUUGGUGACUCGAGAUUUGGUAUCAUGGAAUUCAAUUAUAUCCGCGUACGAGCAAAAUGGAAAUCCGGAUCGCGCACUUUGGUUCUUCCGUGAGAUGCAAAAAGACGGAUUCGCCCCUGACUUAUUGACAUUAGUAAGUGUUGCUUCGAGUAUCGCGCAGUCUAGGGACACUCGAGGUAGCAAAAGUGUCCAUAGUUUUAUCCUAAGAAGAUUUUGGUUUGUAAAAGAUGUUAUAAUCGGGAACGCGGUGGUUGACAUGUACGCGAAAUUGGGAAAUGUCGAAAACGCCCGUGAACUUUUCGAAAGAAUUUUGAUUAAAGACGUUGUUUCUUGGAACACGAUGAUUACGGGGUAUGGGCAAAACGGUCUUGCAAGUGACGCCAUUGAAGUGUUUCAAAAUAUGGUGGAAAAAAAUUUCGUAACCCCAAAUCAAGGAACCUGGGCGAGUAUAAUUCCGGCUUAUGCCCUUAUCGGAGCGUUAAAAGAAGGGCAAAAAAGUCAUUCGAACGUAUUAAAAACCGGAUUAAUUCUCGACCUUUAUAUCGGGACAUGUUUAAUCGAUUUCUAUGGAAAAUGUGGAAAAGUGAAAGACGCGAUGUUGUUAUUUGAUGAAGUCCCUAAAACGAAUUCGGUCCCAUGGAACGCGGUUAUCUCGUGUUUAGGUAUCCAUGGACACGGUGAAACGUGUUUGAAACUUUUUGAAAAUAUGAUCGAGAGUGGGGCCCACCCGGACGCGAUAACUUUCAUUUCGUUAUUAUCCGCUUGCAGUCAUUCGGGGUUAAUCGAACAAGGCGAGCAGUGUUUCAACGCGAUGGAAAAAGAUUAUGGGAUUAAACCGGGGUUGAAGCAUUACGGGUGUUAUGUCGAUAUGUUAGGUAGAGCCGGGGAGUUAGAAAAAGCGUAUGAUUUUAUAAAAUCUAUGCCUUUAACACCCGAUGCGUCCGUUUGGGGUGCGCUUUUAGGCGCGUGUAGGAUUUACGGGAAUACCGAUUUGGGAAAGGUGGUUUCGGAUAAGUUAUUGGAAGUUGAUGAGGGAAAUGUUGGAUAUUAUGUUUUGUUAUCGAAUAUAUACGCGAAUGCGGGAAAAUGGGAAGGGGUGAAUAGGGUUAGGUUAAUGGCUAAUGAAAAGGGGUUGAAGAAGACGCCCGGGUGGAGUUCGGUUGAAAUCGAUAAGAGAAUGGAAGUUUUUUAUACGGGGAAUUAUUCGCAUUCGAAAUGUGAUGAAAUAUAUAAAGAAUUGGAGGAUUUGAUGAUGAAGAUUAAGGUUAUCGGUUAUGUUCCGGAUUAUAGCUUUGUGUUGCAAGAUGUUGAAGAGGAUGAAAAGGAGCGGAUUCUUAUGAGUCAUAGUGAGAGAUUGGCGAUUGCGUAUGGGAUUAUUAGUACGCCACCUAAGACGGUUAUUAGAAUUUUUAAGAAUUUACGAGUGUGUGGGGAUUGUCAUAAUGCUACUAAGUUUAUAUCGAAAGUUACCGAAAGGGAGAUUGUUGUUAGGGAUUCUAAUCGGUUUCAUAAUUUUAAAGAUGGUGUUUGUUCUUGUGGUGAUUAUUGGUAGUUUCAGGGUGGAUGGGUAUCAGUCUGUCUGUCAUCUAGUGGGUCAUUGUGUAUCUGACAAGACAUUUAAGAUUAUAAAUAGUAUUUAUUACUUAAAGUUUGAGAUCAUAAGGUGUAAC